GGCUGUAGAGCAGCAGCCGCCUUGGGUCACUCAACGCUCCUGCAAGUCAUCCUGACUCCAGUAAUUCUUAAACAGUUGUGUGUGUGUUUGUUGUGUGUUGAGUGUGUUCCUUCAUCACUCAGCGGCUCGGCGGCGCAGUGACAGCACCUGUCUGAGCUCGGCUCCACCAGCGGACACCGGUUUAGCAACUCGGGCACAGCUAGCAGCAGCCAGAACCACAUGGACCCUCCAAACACCGACAACACCACCGGGGCGAAGAUGUGGAUGGACCACGCCAAGACCCUGCGGCUCCACACCGGGAACCUGGUGAACCGCAGCCGGCUGAAGAAGAAGUGCCCGGGCUCCCCCAGCGAGGAGCUUCAAGACUGCAUUCAAGCUACACUGAGGGACUGGUUUUCCACCACAAAGCCGUCAAGUGAGAACUUCACAGAUACACUGGACUGCUCCAUUCCCCAGCCCACAGACGCCAUCACACCUGAGGAGAGGGAGGAGGUGAAGGUUUCAGUCAAGCUGUUCCUGUGUGAGUCACUUCAGUCGUCCAUCAGAGAUGCAGUGGAGAUGGCCUGCCAGACUCUGGCAGUGUCCCAGCUUGACUCUGUUAUCAUAGCGCCACCUGGGCCCCUGGAGGGUGACGGUCAAACACUGGCUCACCUUCAGCCAGCCUGGGAGGAGCUGGAGACCCUGGUGACGAGCCAGAGGAUCGCUGCCAUUGGCACCUCUGACCUGGACAAAGAUCUGCUGGAACAGCUUUACAACUGGUCGAAGGUGAAGCCGAGCAGUAACCAGGUCAACCUGGCCUCCUGCUGUGUGAUGCCUCCUGACCUCACAGCUUUUGCUAAAGAGUUUGACAUCCAGCUGCUCACACACAGUGAUCCCAAAGAGCUGAUGUCAGCAGCCACCUUCAAAGAGGCGUUGAAGGAGGGAACACAAGAUCUGAACAUCGCUGACUGGAGGCUGGAAUGGGUCCUGCGUUACUCCAUUAUUGUCAAGAGCAGGGGCAUCAUCAAGUCUAAAGGCUACCUUGUCAGUGCAAGGAAGGCAAGCCCCUAGCACACCCACACCAGAGAAGACGACCAGGAUGAAGCCAUUUUCAUUCACAUUUUCAUUCUCUCUCACACACACACACCAACACACACACAACAUGCAGUAAUGGCGCUGAAAACUGGAUGCUGCUAUUCAAAAUGGGUCCUGAAGUCAUUGAUUUAUCUUACAGAUAAGGUUCCAUCUUCGUCUUAUAUGAUUUGUUCGGUUUAACAGAUGCAGGUAUCCAUCACAUCGUCUCAGUGAGAUCAAAAAUUGUAGCUGAAUACGCGAUAUGAACCCCACCUUCAGUUUGGAGAGACAAGACUGUUAAACUCAUGUUUCACCAUGACCAGUACACUGAUAGUAUUUUACCACCACAGCAGAGGCUGCUCUAACUAUGGGAAAAUUACGGUUGAUCCAAGAUGAAGGUUCCCUGACCCUGUUCUCAUGUGAAGUGCCUCAACUUUUUCUCCUUCUAUCCUCCUACCUGCUUUGUCUCCACUGGGUCUGUGUGAAUCGAGCUUUAAACAUGUUGAGUCUGAAUGAAAAGAUUAUGAUUGAAAAGGCUAGAAAUCUAUUGUUUUUAGCAAAAAAAAAUUCCAAACAUUUUUAAAAGAAUAAAUGGAAAACUAAUAUAGUGUGAAAAAAGUUUUAUAUUUGUGCAGUUUUGGUUGUUACUGCUGUAUAUGACACCAUUGCAUUCCACAAUUAAGAAAAACAUGCACUUUCACAUUUCAAUACCCAAAUAUAUAUGAGCGGUUUAUUUUAUGAUGCAGACUUUUAACUGGUUAAACGGCAACUGUAAAAGUAUAACUUUAAACUGUUGUGUUUUCUAACCAUGCAAUAUUUCUGACGAUGCAUUGAAAUAUAUUCCUCCCCAACGCUCAUGUGAUUAAUUUGAGGGUUGAAAUUUCAGCACUGUUUUGAGAUUGACAGAAAUAGGCCGAUGUCAUCUAUGUGUUGUUAUUCUAUCACUGGAAACUGUCGAACUCAGAUGAGGUAGAAUGUUCCCUCUGAGAAAGAAGUUAUUGUUUACGAAUCAUGCUUGGUUUUUUCCAGACAGGGUCAGAUCUCAUGAAGACAAAUUAUCUGUUGCGCUGUAAACAUAUUUAAUGCUCUCAUAUAUCUGUAUAUCAUGACCUGGCUUUAUUAAAAUUAUG